AUGCAAGGUGUUGAAGAUGUGGCUGAAAUUCAUGAUAUACAGGUGACACUUCGUACCGAUGAGCUUGCGCAGAGUAUUCGACAAUUGAAAAGUGCCCAAGUAUCUCGUUUGGUUAAAAUAUCCGGAAUUAUAGUUGCUGCAUCACAAGUAAGAGCAAAAGCCACUCGCAUUUCGAUUCAAUGUCGAACAUGUCGGCAUACCAUAACCAAUAUUGAUCUGAAGCCCGGACUCGAUGGUUUUACAUUACCACGCAGUUGUGGAGCCAAUCAGACGACUCAACUGCAACGCUGUCCCGUUGAUCCGUAUCAUAUCAUGCCCGAUAAGUGCCACUGUAUUGAUUUCCAAACGUUGAAGCUUCAGGAAAAUCCAGAAGCUGUGCCCCAUGGAGAAAUGCCUCGUCAUAUGCAACUUUAUUGUGAUCGCCAUUUAACAGAUCGCGUUGCACCAGGAAACCGCGUUAUGAUUGUUGGCAUAUAUUCCAUAAAGCGAAUGUUCCAAAAGCAGAAGACAAAUGAUAAGACAUUGUCAGGAAUCCGUGCACCAUAUAUUCGCGUACUUGGAAUCCAUGUACAAACAAGUGGUCCAGGACGUGCCGAACAGCGGCAGUUCACAGUUGAGGAAGAGAAAAUAUUCAAGGAUUUAUCCAAGAAAAGCAAUAUAUAUGAUCUAGUCGCUCACAGCAUUGCUCCAUCGAUUUAUGGUGCAGAAGAUAUCAAGAAAUCAAUCGCCUGCUUGCUGUUCGGUGGUUCGCGCAAAAGAUUGCCUGAUGGUUUAACUCGACGUGGUGACAUCAAUAUUUUAUUGUUAGGAGAUCCUGGUACUGCAAAAAGUCAGCUGUUGAAAUUCGUAGAAAAGGUUGCACCGAUUGCUGUCUAUACAUCAGGUAAAGGUAGCAGUGCUGCUGGAUUGACUGCCUCUGUGAAUCGCGAUCCGCAAUCGCGAUCGUUUAUAAUGGAAGGCGGUGCUAUGGUACUUGCCGAUGGUGGGAUCGUUUGCAUCGAUGAGUUUGAUAAGAUGAGAGAAGACGAUCGAGUGGCUAUCCAUGAAGCGAUGGAACAACAGACAAUUAGUAUUGCCAAAGCAGGCAUCACUACGACACUUAAUUCUCGUUGUUCUGUAUUGGCAGCAGCAAAUUCAGUAUAUGGCAGGUGGGAUGAUUCAAAAGGUGAUGAAAAUAUUGACUUCAUGCCGACUAUACUGUCACGAUUUGAUAUGAUUUACAUUGUUAAGGACACUCACAACGUCGCACAUGAUACGAUAUUAGCUAAGCAUGUUAUCUCGGUACAUGUAAAUGCCUCCAAUAAUCGUCUGCAAGAGACAGCUGUUGAAGGAGAGUUGUCGUUGGAGCUCUUGAAAAAGUAUAUUACACAUUGCCGUAGUGCAUGUGCACCACGACUUUCAACAACUGCAAGUCAGAAGCUUAUCCACAAUUAUGUCCGACUUCGCAAUCCUGUAAUAGAUGCUGAGCAUAAACAGACAACAGCUCGUUCUGCUAUUCCAAUAACUGUACGACAGUUGGAAGCUAUAAUACGGAUAAGUGAAUCAUUGGCAAAAAUGGAACUACUCCCUUUUGCUGCAGAACGUCAUGUGGAUGAGGCACUUCGUCUCUUCCGAGUUUCCACCAUUGAAGCAGUUGCAUCUGGAAACUUGAUUGGCAUCGAAGGUUUUACCAGUGCUGAGGACCAAGAAUCAUUUAGUCGUAUUGAACGUCAGUUGAAGAAGCGAUUUGCAUUGGGAACUCACGUUUCUGAGUAUCUUAUCGUUCAAGAUUUUGUUCGACAGAAUUAUCCAGAAAUGCUUGUCAAGAAGGUGAUUCAGUCAUGCAUUCGGCGUGGUGAGCUUCAAUAUCGUAUGCAGAGAAAAAUGUUGUAUCGAGUUAAAUGAUCUUAUCUUGCAUUAUAUCUUUUUUACAUAUAAUGUUCUAUGAAAUGGAAAAUUUCAAGAACG